AUGUGCCCACUACCUACCGUCCUGCCAACAGCACCUGUUGUCAAAAAGCAACAACAACAACAACCACCAACGGCAUCACUGACAACAACAACAACAAAACCUCUCUCUGCUUCAUCACAACCCAGUUCUAUCCACCACUCUCAGAACAACAACAGUGGCACGUUCUCUCAACCGCGCACUUCAGUCAUCAAAGCUCAUCAAAAUUUGGCAUCCAAUCAUGCCAACAACAGUGAUGCCAACUCAUCUUCUUCAUCAACAGCCACCAUUUCAACACAAAAUGUAAAACCCACAUCACGCGCUGGUAAAGUCUCUGGCAUGGUUUCCAUGUUUGAACGUUUAUCCGAUAAUUCUUCUUCUUCUGCCUUCAACAGCAGUCACCCUUCGAACAUGGUUGCUUAUAAAAAGCCCACUACAACAAGCGAGAAAUUAGCACUCAAUGCAGCACUAGUAGAAGAGGAGAAAAAGAAAAGAUUUAGAGCUAGAAGCAAUUCCUUUGAUUAUAAUUCACCAUCCCCAAACUCUUCAGUGACAGGUGGCAGCACAUCAUCAUUCGGUGAUCAUUCAUCACAACAACAACAAUUCACAGAAAUUUCUAAUCAUCCUACUACUCUCUCGGAAAAUAGAACUAACUCAACAAAGAAUGAUCCUGCUCUCAAAACUCCGCCAGAUGAAACUUCGGAAGAAGUAAAAAGAAGACUAAUUCGAACUCCUUCAAUGGUUCAAGGACUUAAGGCCAGAUUUGAAAAAUUACAAAUUAAUUUAUUAGAGCAAUUAAAACAAGAGGAAGAGUGGAAUCAAAAGAAAAAACAAAGACAGUUGACAGCUAGAUCCCAUCGAUUGACUGGAGACGAAAUUCACACAUUACAAAAUGUCCGCUCCAAUCCAUCUAUAUUGAGAAAUGUUUCAAAUAGAAUGGAUGAAAAAUCAUCAUCUCACAAAGAUACUCAUCAUGACACUAUGAAUCACAAUGACCAUUUAGAUUCAUCAUUUGAUCAUGACAGUGUGUCAUCCUUUUCUGAAGAUGACAGUUAUGAAUACACAGAUUCAAGUCAUCAAACAACUAUCGAUUCCACUCUCAGUGACUCUCAACAUCACUCUGCUCUCAAUUCUUCAACUGUUUCACACAAUAUUGAUCCAGCUCUUAUGCAAGCUAUUUUGGAAGAAGAAGAACGUAAACAACAAGUGAUUGAAACUUUAAUGAUUUCUCCACCUCCUCAAAUUGUUAAGGGACUUCUCUCAACAACAGCUUCAGCAACAAGACAAGCUCAAUUUUAUCAUGAAUUAUAUGGAGAAACAGCUAGUUCUUCAACACCAUCACCAAUGGGAGAUCUUUUAGAUCACAACACCACUCAUAAUGUUGAUUUUAGAUCUUCCUAUGAUCGAUCCAUGAAUAACGAUGAUUGGUUAGAAAAUCAAAUGAAUAGACAUCAACGAUAUAAUAUUUCAGACUUGGAUUUACUGACUGCUUAUCGUCACAAAUCUCAACUAUAUCAAAUUCAAAAUCCAUCAAAUGUCAUGAUGAAUCCUUUCAUUCAAGAAUCACAAGUAGUUCUUAGUGGACAUAAUGAUGAGGAUAAUGAUGAAUAUAUUUAUGGUGAUGAUGGUGAAUAUGACAUGUCUGAUGAAUACAAUGAUGACACGAUGAAUGAGUGCCACACCACGACUUCUUUCAUGCCUGACGAUAAACGACUGAGUGUCACAGAUGAUCUACCUAUGCGAAGGAGUAGUGCUGACAUGAUUGGAGGUGUGAUGGAGAAACAAAAUGAAGAAGAGUUUUCCCGGUGGGAGUCUCAAAUGGAAGAGUUUGCAAAAACUCUAAUUUGCUAA